AUUUUAUUAUCCGAAUCACUAGUUUUCUAUAAAUAAUUUUAUUUUAAUUUUAGUUAUGCUAAUCGGGCUAAAAAUAUAAAGAAUCAACCACGUAUAAAUGAAGAUCCUAAAGAUGCUUUAUUACGAAAAUUUCAAGAAGAAAUAGCUCGAUUAAAAGAACAACUUGAAGGAAAAAGUAAACAUGGUAAAAAAUCACGUCGCCAAAGAACUCAUGAUGGAGCUGAUAAUGAUGAAAGUAAUGAUAGUGGUCAAAACGAUGAAGAAUUAUAUCUCAAAGAUCAACAAGAUAAACUCAAUGAAGAGAAACGGUCAAUUCUUCAGAAAAAAAAUUUGAAUGAAACUGAACGAGAAGAUAUGCUUAGAGAAUUAGAAGAAAAACAACAAGAAAUUCAACGUGAACAAGAUGAACGUCGUGAAAUGCAAAAUAAAAUUCAACAAAUGGAAUCAAAAUUGAUUACUGGCGGAAAAGAUAUUGUUACACAUACAAGUGAACAAGAAGAAACUUUACUACAAAAACGACGUUUAAUUGCUGAAGCUGAACGUCGUCAUUAUGAAGUUCAAAAACAAUUAGAACAAGGUGAAGAAGAACGACAAACAAUUAAUGAAAAAUAUACAAAUAUAAAAGAAGAAGUUGAAGAUAAACGUGCUAAAAAAGAGAAAUUAUCUAAACAAUUAAAAAAACUUGAAGCUAAAAAACUUGAGAUUGUUGAAAAACAUCGAAUAGUACGUGAAGAACUUGAAGCUGAACAACGUGAAAUACAGAAGCAAACUAAAUUAUUCCAACUUAUUAUUGAAAAUUUUAUUCCUACUGAUGAACGUGAACGAUUAUUAAAAAGAAUUCAAUUUGAUGAUCGACAUAAUCGUUGGACACUGAAAGAAUUAUCGAAACAAACAGAUCAAAUGGCAGCUCGGCCGAUAUUAACUCAUAGUGAUCGUCGUCCUAUAGCUGUACAUUCACAGUCAAAUUCGAUUCCUGAAAUAGCUUAUUUUAAAGGUGAAAAUAUUAUUUUACUUCAACUUGAUUUUCCUAGUCGAACAACUCGUGAUUAUGAAGAUCCAAUGGUUCCACCAAUGAUUCAAGCAGCUAUGGGAAAGGCAAUGAAAGAUGAAGAAAAUAUUGAAUUAGAUGCCAAGUAGCUAAAAAUAAAUU